AUGUUCGACACUGACGGAAAUUUGCUCCGCGCAGAUGUCACUUUCAGGGACAGAAAUGGUCAAGAGUGCAAAAUUCAUUUCGAGGGAAGUGAUGGUAGGUCUAGUGAGAAGCCCCAAGUGUCUAAGUCCCCCACGACUACACUUAGUGAACAUAGUCAGGUCAAUUCCUUUUUAGGCAGGACACCAAAGAUUCAAGAUACUUGUGGAUACAGGGAAAAGGUGUUCCAUGGUGAUGACACAGCCGAACAGUUUUGUUCCUAUAUCACGCAGAAACACUACAGAGACACAUUCUUAAUUGCUCAUAAUGCAAAAAGUUUUGAUUUGUAUCCCAUCUUAGAAGUUCUCAUAGAUCGUCAUUCUAUACGACCAAGCAAGAUUAUUCACAGUGGUUCCAAAAUCAUGUACAUGCACAUUUCACAAAAAUUAAACCUUACCUUUUUGGAUUCCCUAAAUUUUCUACCUAUGAAAUUAGCGAAAAUACCGGAAGCUUUCGGACUGGAGGAGCUCUCCAAGGGUUAUUUUCCACAUUUGUUCAAUACAAAAGCAAAUCAAAAAUACGUGGGUCCUUACCCAGCAUUGAAGUAUUAUGGAUAUGAUUUUAUGUCAUCCGAAGAGCGGAAAAAGUUGGCUGAAUGGCAUGCAAAGAAGAGUGAUGAAACAUUUAACUUUCAAGACGAAAUGUUGCGCUAUUGUCGCUCAGACGUCGAUAUCUUGAGGAGAGGAUGUUUAGAAUUUCGAAAUCUCAUGAUUAAUGUUACGACAUUUAAGAGCUGCAUUGUUCAACCUGACGGAACCAUUGAGAAUUGUAACACUUCGGGAGUGGACCCCUUUGAUUUUGUGACCAUUGCAAGCGUCUGCAUGGGAAUUUUUAAAACUCUCUUUUUAAAAGAAGAGCAUGAAGUAGAAAUCACAAAGGGUUUAGAGACUGAAUGGUAUAAUGUUUAUUGUAAGAGUGGGUUACAGGGAGUUUCUAUUGAUGGUGAGUGGAAAUCCCUAAUUGACUUGAAAAAAGACGAAAGUGUACAGACAGGGAAACAAAAAUUUACCAGUCCCAUUGCAGUUGUACCAUCCCAAGGUUACACAAAAAGAGAUAACCACAGCAAAAUUUCAAUUCAGUGGUUAGAAUGGCUGAUGGAAAAAAGUCUAAAACGGGGGAAACCUGUUUUCAUACGUCAUGCUCUGAAUGAGGGUGAGUACCGUGUCCCGGGUACUAAUUACAGAUGUGACGGAUUUACAGAGACUCCAAACGGAAUGGGAACCAUUUACGAAUUCUACGGUUGUGUGUUUCAUGGCUGUCGCACAUGUUUCCCGCACGAUCGAUAUAAAACUAAACUACCAUCCACGAAUCAGACGAUAGACGAAUUGUUUACGAUGACAAAAAGGAGAGAGCAAGAACUCAAAGAUCUGGGGUAUAAAGUGGUCACAAUAUGGGAGCAUCAGUUUAAGUAUCAACUCAACAAAAACUUAGAAUUGCAACAAUUCAUUUUGAACUUGGAUCUCCAGGACAGACUAAACCCACGUGACAGUUUUUUUGGUGGUCGAACGAAUGCCAUCAAACUGCACUACAAGGCCCAGAAAGGCGAAACCAUUCAAUACUAUGACUUCACCAGUCUCUAUCCUUGGACCAAUAAAUAUUGUCGAUACCCUAUAGGCCAUCCGACUAUCAUUACUGACAAUUUUGAGGACUUAUCCCUGUAUUUUGGACUUGCAAAAAUCAAAAAACUUCCACCGAGACGAUUGUAUCACCCUGUGCUCCCAUAUAAUUCCAAAGGAAAAUUAAAGUUUCCACUGUGUAGAAAAUGUGCAGACACUGAAAAUCAGAAAGAAUGCACUUGUUCUGUAGAAGACAGGGUUAUUAUAGGCACGUGGUGUACCCCCGAAAUUCAAAUGGCAACGUCCAAAGGGUAUAAAACCUUAAAAAUAUAUGAGGUGUAUCACUUUUCCGAAUCGUCAAAAUACGACGAAAAGUCAUGUGAGGGAGGCCUGUUUGCCCAGUAUGUUAACAUGUUCCUUAAAAUUAAACAGGAAGCCUCUGCUUUUCCUGCUGGGUGUGUCACAGAAGAGUUUAAACGUAAAUACAUAAGAGAAUACAGAGAAAAAGAGGGCAUACAAUUAGAUUAUGAAAAAAUUCAGAAGAAUCCUGGUUUACGCUGUCUAGCAAAACUUUGUUUAAAUAGCUUCUGGGGGAAAUUUGGUCAGAGGCUAGACAUGAAUCAAUCUAUGUUUAUUCACGAGUCUGAAGCUGAGAAUUUUUUUCAAAUACUCUCAGACCCAACCAAAGUCCCCCACAAUUUUCACAUCGUUUCCAGAGACAUACUUCAGUUAGAAUAUAGUAAUAGCGCACUUUUCACGUCAUUCGAUAAUAAAACAAAUAUUUUCUUGGCUUCUUUCACUACAAUGUGGGCUCGAUUGAAAUUGUAUAGUGUUCUCGACAAGUUAAAUGAGAAUGUGUUGUACUUUGAUACAGACAGCGUCAUAUUCAAAGCCAAACAGUCAGACGAUUUGAGUUACCUUCCCAUAGGAAACUAUCUUGGGGAACUAACAAAUGAAAUAUCUGCACAAGAAGGGCACAUUGUGGAAUUUGUGUCGGGUGGGCCAAAAAAUUAUGCAUACCGCACUCUCUCAGGGAAAGAAGAAUGCAAAGUGCGAGGUUUUACACUUAACUGGGCAAACUCAAAACUGAUUAAUUUUGAUGCAAUUAAAUCAAUCAUCUGUACUUCAAAACAAAUUGAAAUUAUCAAUCCCUGUAAAAUAUCUAGGGAUAGUAGAAAGCGAAAACUUUUAAACCGAAGAGAAGCAAAAAACUAUAAAAUGGUUUAUACGAAAAGACGAAUUCUACCCAAUUUGGACACGUUGCCAUUUGGAUUUUUCUGA